AUGCAAAGCUCAAAAAAACCCUUCAUCAAUGAGAUCCAAAGAAGAGCCAGGCUGAAGCUUGCAAAAGACCAGGAUUGGACCGCAGAGGAACAGAAGAGUGGACAGAUCAGGCUGGUCAGUGGGACCGGUCUUUGCUCUGGUAGAGUGGAGGUCUAUUACAGUGACCAGUGGGGGACAGUGUGUGAUGAUGACUGGGAUAUGAAGGACGCAGAGGUGGUGUGUAGACAACUCAACUGUGGGACUGCUGUCAGUGCCCCAGGGAGCGCCCACUUCGGUGAGGGCAGUGAGCCGACCUGGAUGGAUGAUGUUGGGUGCUCCGGUGGUGAAAGAGAUCUAACACAGUGUUCUCAUAAAGGAUUUGGGAAUGAGAACUGUGGUCAUGGUGAAGAUGCUGGUGUUGUCUGCUCAGGUAAAUGUCCCCAGAUCAGGCUGGUCAAUGGGAUCGGUUUCUGCUCUGGUAGAGUGGAGGUCUAUUAUAGUGACCAGUGGGGGACAGUGUGUGAUGAUGACUGGGAUAUGAAGGACGCAGAAGUGGUGUGUAGACAGCUCACCUGUGGGAGUGCUGUCAGUGCCCCAGGGAGCGCCCAUUUCGGUCAGGGCAGUGGGCCAACCUGGAUGGAUGAUGUUGGGUGCUCCGGUCGUGAAAGAGAUCUAACACAGUGUUCUCAUAAUGGAUUUGGGAAAGAGAACUGUGGUCAUGGUGAAGAUGCUGGUGUUGUCUGUUCAGGUCCCCAGAUCAGGCUGGUCAAUGGGAUCGGUUUUUGCUCUGGCAGAGUGGAGGUCUAUUACAGGGGCCAGUGGGGGACAGUGUGUGAUGAUGACUGGGAUAUGGUGGAUGCAGAGGUGCUGUGUAGACAGCUCAACUGUGGGAGUGCUGUCAGUGCCCCAGGGAGCGCCCAUUUUGGUCAGGGCAGUAUGUGUGAAGGAAUUGGAUUUUGA